CACAACCACCAUAUAUAUAUGUACUAUAACCAAACUAAGAGACAAAGAGAAGAAGAAGAGGAUCAUGGAGGUCUCCCUUCCCAUGAGAAUCAUGUCUUCGCUGUUUCUUGUGGGACUUGUUUGCUUUAUCAUUCAUCUGUACAGGACCAACCUGCUUAGGUCCCAGAGGAUGAAGAGGAAGCUACGCAUGCAAGGCAUCAAAGGCCCUUCUCCUUCUUUUCUAUAUGGAAAUCUUUCCGAAAUGCAAGAAAUCCAGUCCAGGGCAAUGAAAGCUGAAAAUCAUGGCGAUAUUGUAGCUCAUGACUACACUUCCUCCAUCUUUCCAUAUUUCGAACACUGGAGAAAACAAUACGGUCUAAUAUACACGUAUUCGACCGGGUUUAGGCAGCAUUUGUAUGUGAACGACCCAGAGAUGGUGAAGGAAAUGAACCUGUCUCUCAGUUUGGACUUUGGGAAGCCUACUUAUAUGACCAAAAGACUUGGACCCAUGCUUGGAAACGGCAUUAUCAGGUCCAAUGGCCACGUUUGGGCUCAACAGCGCAAAAUUAUUGCUCCUGAAUUCUUCAUGGACAAGGCCAAGGGAAUGGUAGAAUUAAUGGUGGAGUCGGCACAACCAUUGCUCAGAAAAUGGGAGCAAUAUAUGGAAGCCCUAGGUGGCAGCCAAGCAGAGAUUAGAGUCGAUGAGGACUUAAGAGGCCUUUCAGCUGACGUGAUUGCGAGAGCCUGUUUUGGGAGCUCUUACUUGAAAGGCAAAGAGAUUUUCUCGAAGCUUAGGACCCUCCAAACGCUUAUUACCAAGCAAAGCAUCCUGUUUGGGAUAACAAGUUUUGGGUUUUUCGCCAACAAGAACCACAAAAUGAAGAAGAGCUUGGAAACAGAGAUAGACUCGUUAAUAUGGGAGACCGUGAAAGAAAGAGAAAAGCAAUGCUUAGACAAAAGAAAUACUGACAAGGAUCUAAUGCAGCAAUUACUCGAGGAAGCACUCAACAAUAGCAAUUCCAGCAAUAGCAACUUCUCACCCAAGCGCUUCAUAAUUGAUAAUUGCAAGAACAUAUAUUUUGCAGGCCAUGAAGCAACUUCUACUGCUGCAACCUGGUGCAUGAUGCUCCUUGCUUUAUAUCCAGACUGGCAAUCUCGUAUCCGAGAGGAGGUCACACAAUUCUGUAAUGAUGGCCUGGAUGCAAAUUCACUUUCCAACUUGAAGACGGUGACUAUGGUGAUUCAAGAGGCAUUGAGGCUAUACCCACCAGGAGCAUUUGUGUCGAGGGAGGCACUGGAACAAGUUCAAAUAGGAAAAAUUACAGUUCCGAAAGGAGUAUGCAUAUGGACCUUAAUUCCAACCUUGCACAGGGAUCCCAAUAUAUGGGGACCAGAUGCUAAUGAGUUUAGACCAGAGAGGUUCGCAGAUGGUGUCUCAAAAGCCUGCAAAUUUGCCCAAGCCUACAUCCCAUUUGGAGUUGGGACUCGGUUAUGCGUAGGCCGAAACUUUGCUAUGGUGGAGUUGAAGGUUGUUCUCUCCCUCAUUGUCUCCCAAUUUACCUUCUCUUUAUCUCCAAAUUAUCAACACUCUCCUGCUUUUAGAAUGAUCGUCGAGCCUGAGCAUGGCGUACAAAUUCUAAUUCGAAAGGUUUAGCAAUUAGACCUCCAAGCUUUAUACCUAUAAUUUAUAAUCUCUUGCUGUAAUAAGCACUAAUUAAUAUCUCUAUCUAGCCUAACUUGAUUCAAUGGCUAAAAACACAAAGACGUAAGAGUUCUCAAUAAUAUUUCAAUUGAACUCUUUAUCCUUUGGGCUAUGAA